AAAGAAAACAGCCAGAAGAGUACUAAAAGGGACAAAGAACCGCUGCUUCACAUCUCAUCCUCUCCAGCAGGUUGGAAACCCCAAAGUCUGCGUCUCGGAAAAGGGUGUACUGCUUGUUCUUCGUCUGUCAAAAUUGCUGUCUUUCCCUCCCUCGUCCUGCAUCAUGCUGUGCCCAGUUGCCAUUCGCUGUCUCUUGUCCACCUUGCUGUGCAUGUGGGCGCUGUGCAACGCUCAGUCAGACUCUAGCCCCCCUGUACAAAUCCAGCUACGUCUAGCCGGGGAGAAGAGGAAACACUACGAGGGCCGCGUGGAAGUUUUCUACAAUGGAGAGUGGGGGACGGUGUGCGAUGAUGACUUCUCCAUCUACGCUGCCCAAGUGGUGUGCAGAGAGCUUGGCUUUGUGGAUGCCGUGUCCUGGUCGCCCUCAGCCAAGUACGGAAGAGGAGAAGGCCAUAUCUGGCUGGACAAUGUGCACUGCACUGGUGGAGAGAAGAGCCUGGCUCAGUGUCAGUCCAAUGGAUUUGGAGUGUCUGACUGCAGACAUUCAGAGGAUGUCGGAGUGGCGUGCACGCAGAAGCGCAUUCCAGGCUUCAAGUUCAUCCAGAACCAAGCCAACAGCCAUGAGGGUGUGACGGUGCAGGUGGAGGAUGUAAAGAUCAGGGCCACUUACUCUCACAGAAAAAGGAUUCCCAUCACUGAUGGCUUUUUGGAGGUGAAAGACGGGGGCAAGUGGAGACAGGUCUGUAACGAGGAUUGGACGGAGAUGAACACCAGGGUCAUCUGUGGCAUGUAUGGCUUCCCUGGGGAGAAACGCGUGAAUACCCGACCCUACAAAUUGCUGGCUAAGCGUCGUAAGAAGAACUACUGGGGUUUCUCUGUCAACUGCACAGGCAACGAGGCCGACCUGUCUGAUUGUAAGCUGGGCCGAGAGAUCGAGCUGAAGGGUAACCGCACCUGUGAGCAAGGAAUGCCUGUAGUGGUCAGCUGCGUGCCUGGACGCGCCUUUGCACCCAGCGUCAGCGCCGGUUUCAGGAAGGCCUACAGGGUGGAGCAACCCUUGGUGCGUCUAAGGGGUGGAGCUAUGAUUGGCGAAGGGCGAGUAGAGGUGUUGAAGAACGGGGAGUGGGGGACAGUGUGUGACGACAACUGGAACAUUCGAGCUGCCACCGUGGUGUGUCGAGAGCUGGGGUUCGGUAGCGCCAAAGAGGCUUUGACUGGCGCCCGACUGGGACAAGGGAUGGGGCCAGUCCACAUGAACGAGGUGGAGUGCUCUGGGUUUGAAAAGUCACUGACUGAGUGCUACUUCAACCGUGACGCUGUGGGAUGCAGCCAUGAGGAAGAUGCAGCAGUCAGGUGUAACGUUCCUGCCAUGGGCUUCCACAAUAGACUUCGGUUAAAUGGUGGCCGUAAUCCCUAUGAGGGCCGUGUGGAGGUCCUGGCAGAGAGGAACGGCUCUCUGGUGUGGGGCACAGUGUGCAGUGACAGCUGGGGGACCAUGGAGGCCAUGGUAGUAUGCAGACAGCUUGGAUUGGGCUUUGCGAGCCACGCUUUCCAGGAAACAUGGUACUGGCAAGGAGAUUCCUCAGCUGAUGCGGUUGUGAUGAGUGGUGUGAGAUGUUCAGGAACUGAGCUAACUCUGGAUCAGUGUCUACAUCACGGGAAACACACUGACUGUCCGAAAGGAGGUGGACGCUUCGCUGCCGGGGUCUCUUGUACUCAGACGGCCCCAGACCUGGUUCUUAAUGCCCAGGUUGUGGAGCAGACCACCUACCUGGAGGACAGACCCAUGUACGCGCUGCAGUGUGCCCACGAGGAGCACUGUCUGUCCAGUACUGCUGAAAAAGCCGACUCCAGCUCUUACCGCCGCCUUCUCCGCUUCUCCUCCCAGAUACACAACAAUGGCCAGGGAGACUUCAGGCCGCGGGCGGCACAUCACUCCUGGAUUUGGCAUGAGUGUCACAGACAUUACCACAGUAUGGAGGUUUUUACAAACUAUGACUUGAUGAGUUUAAACGGCACUAAAGUGGCAGAGGGCCACAAAGCCAGCUUCUGUCUGGAGGACACUCAUUGUGACGAGGGUAUUCAGAAGAGGUAUGAAUGUGCAAACUUCGGCGCACAGGGCAUCACAGUUGGCUGCUGGGACACCUACAGGCAUGACAUUGACUGUCAGUGGAUUGACAUCACAGACGUGAAGCCCGGUGACUACAUCCUUCAGGUCGUGAUAAACCCCAACUAUGAGGUUGCAGAAUCAGAUUACACCAACAACAUUAUGAAGUGCCGCUCCCGGUAUGAUGGACAUCGGAUAUGGACAUACAGCUGUCAUAUAGGUGGCUCACUGAGUUCAGAAACAGAGGACACGUUCCCAGGAUUGCUGACCAACCAGCUUUCACACAGGUAGACCGAAGACGGACAACGCGGACACUCUGACAUUAGGGAAGUGUUUAUUAAUGUUUGACAACCACUAGAGGUGCUGUACUGUUUUGCUUCCUUGGAGCAGUGCUGGAUUGUUGUUGGGCUCAGGGCUCAACUGGUACAACGGACAAUGAUUCAAUGGGAAAAUGAACUGCUUGCUUACUUAAUCUAUUAACCACAUUCAGCUAUGUGUGGGUUCUUAUCGCUUAUCGUGUCUUAGUGCUUUUGUUGUCAGUGAAAUGAAGGUUUUAACCUGGUGCUUAUUGGUAAAGAUGUCAGGGAGGGUUGCAGCCAAAUAACGUAUUCAAUCAAAUGUGCCAGCAGUUGUCUUGUAAGCCAAAGUUUGACCAAAGACUUUGGGAAAAGCCUCAAACCAAAAGGCAUUAGAUGAUGUUGGGUUUGCAUUGAAUGGAUGAAAAUAGUCGACUGCUAAAUGUGGUGCUACAACUGAAUCUCGCACUGUAUGUUCUUCCCACAAAACAGGUGAAUUGAACAGGGGGGUGUUUAAAUAACAUUUGCUUCCACAGUAUUGGAUAGUUAAAGGUUUUAACUAGUAACUGAAAACAAAUGCAGUACAUUAUUAUAAUUACUGUAGAUAGUGUCUUUUUUUCCUUUAACUUUCUACAAAGGAUUACAACUUGUAACCAAAACUGUAAAACAGGCUACCAAAUGUUGGAUUUAUUUUUACAUCAUCUAGGGUGACCAGAGGAGAAUGGAUGAAAUUCGGGACGAGGCUACUGGUACAUUCAGUGUCAAUGAACUUUAACACACGUGAACAUCAAAACAACAACGCUAAAAUUGCUUAUUUUUGUUCAUGAAGUCACCUGUCUGUCAUUAGGAAAAACACAACAACUGUGGAUAUGCAACAGUGGGUAAAUCAUGAUCUUUUACCUGAUUUCGAUUUUUAUUUUAUUCAUUCAUCAGUGCGGUGUCUGUCACAUCUGUCUGCGCCACGUGCAUGUUGUGUUUCUAUAAAUAAUAUCACAGAGUACUGUCUAGACCGGCUCUUUUAUGAGCGCUAUGAGAUAACUGUUGUUGUGAUUUGCGCUAUAUAAAUAAAAUUGAAUUGAAGAUCUCUCCGCCGUGGUUGCCUGAAGCUACACUUUCCCAGUCCUCGCAACUGUAACUUCCACUAACCACAAGAAAACAAAAAGGGCAAAAGAGCAUGAGUGUUACUUUGUGGCUAGAACAUAAUAACGCUGUUGACACAAUGUACAGAUAACCUGUAACCCCAGCUGGAGCAAGAGAACAACACAACGAUCAGUAUUUAAUGAUUAAUUAGGCUAGAAUCAGUUUAAUUUUCGGGACAAACCGGACAGGAGUCGGGACAACUUCUCGUAAUUCGGGACGGUCCUGAAUUUUUCGGGACGUCUGGUCACCCUAACAUCAUCUGCCACGACCCCUCCAGUGCUGAAUACAGAAGAUUCAUCUAUGACAACAGUUGCUUGGAUUAGUUUCUUAGAAAAGCUGUUAAGAACAUAAAUUGUCAGAAUUAAACUGACAGGAAAUGCGCUUUUUUUUUUCUCCCCUUCUGGGAUUUCAUGUUCCAUAUACUUGAGCUCACUUUAAGAAAAAUGUUUUAUUUAUUGAUUUGUUUUCUUGGUUGCUACAGUAGACACAUUUUCAUCUUCAUGAUCCAUGCAUGCCCUCAAGCUUCUUUCUCCGUGAGUUUGGUGAUUUUUGUUACAUUAUUGCUGUCAGGGACUAUGAUAUGAUAUGGAUGUACUGUAAAAGCCACAAAUAUGUAAGUAAGUAGUAUAUGUAUGUGAAAAUUCAAGGGUUAUGCAAAGGGGUAUUUGUUGCUUGCUACUUGACUGUUUUGUAUGCAUGGAUGAAUGUGGAAGAGCAUUACAUUUUUUAAAUAAAAAUGGUCAAAGCACA